AGUUGGUUCAGGUUUUCACACUCACUUUCGUCCCCCGAGCCUUGCCUUCCUCCACGUUUUCUUCUUUUUCCUGUAUUCAAAAUACAUGUGAUAGUAAUUGUAAUCUUCAAUCUUGCUCUUGGAUAUUAUAAUAUCGAUGUUUUCAUCGUUUGCUUUUAUCAUUCCUGGAUCAUUUGAUGUUCUUGGAUUUUUAUAAUUUUCCCUUGUAUUCAUCCUAUUCAUCGAACUUUAUUUUGGAUUCUGAACGACCGAGAUGGGAAUUGGUGGGGAGUCUUCGCCGCACCCUAAUUCCAGUCCGCGAGCAUUGCUUGAGCACCUGAGCAAGGAUAAGAAUGCCGAUGGUGCUUUUCUAGAUGGCGAGGGUAGUCCCCGGCCGAGCAGCUCUGAGCAGCAGAUGGCCACCGGGGUCGUCGUCGGCGGCCGCACGAGAACAAGUAAAGAAGGCGACCACGCAACGGCCGAUCAAGAUGGAAGCCCGCCUCGCAUUUCUGCUGGAAAUGGUGGAGUGCUGGACCUGGGAGAUGAGGCGCCGCAGACUGCCAUUGACGGCUACAUGGCGCUGCCGCGCAAAAAGAAGCGGGAGACGCGAAAGACCCCUUACCCAUUUGCACCCUCGCAACCAACGAUGAUUGCCAUGUACGGUCCACCGCCAGCCGAAGAGCCAUCUAACAAAGAGUUCGCAUUCUCGGCUUUAUUUGACUCCGGUGCGGAACGCAGCCUCGGCGCAGGCGGAGGAGCUAAAGGUAUUUUCAGGAUAAGACUUUCAUGCCUACUGAAGUGCAUCCCUCCUCGAACGAAUUUCAUACUGAUCAGGUUGCAUGUUAUCUAUCAUGAUGUAGUUUCCUAGAAGUAUUUUCUCUGCAGAAACUACCAGGAGAAAAUAUGGUCGUGUCUCGCUUCGAACAUCAUCAUGAUUCUCAUCGCUUCAGAAGAUGCGCUCACAGCAGUCUACAGUAUCCCGCAAAAUAUGUUUCGGUUUAUCGAUUAAGUAGAUCAAUCCUAGAAGCCGCUUUGCCGAGUAGUAGAUUCAAAUCAUGUUCAAGCUGUACAUCCACACUCUGGAUGGAGUUGCCAACGCCCGCUCAGCAUCAUUUGUUCUUUAACAAUAUCAUCUAGGAGUACUCUAUCUGUCUUCAUCAAUUCUUUAUUCUUGCAUCUGUUUCGCUCGUACAACAGCUCCACCAGGACCCGAGUCGUAUGGAGGGCGGGUGAAACGACAUCCCCAUACUGGUGGAGUGACGAUGUUCCUGGGUAAACCCGCGUACGCAGGAGGCGGGUAUCCGAAUAUUGUGCACGCUUUACUCGAUACUGAGCGCUUGCUCAAGCCGGUACUUCAGCAGUACCCAGAAUUAGUGAACGAUCAGCUAACCGGUGGCGCUCAACCUCUGCACAUGUGCUCAACAACACGCGCAACGCAGUAUGCUGUGGAGGUACAUCAACUUGCACUCGUCAUUAGAAUUCCUCUUUUCUAAAAGGUAAGCGAGAAUGAGAAGUGUAUACUAAAAAACGACAAGUGUGUCGUACUAUUUUUCAUCAUGAUCAGCAUUUUCGCGAACGCGGUAGAGGUGUAUCAACAAAGCCUCGCACGUUAGUCAGCACAUGAAUUUCCAACAAACGACCAAACUUGAUACAACUAUCAAAAUCAGGUGCUGUGCGACCAUGGCGCGGAUGUGGAGGCGUUAGAUUCGCAAGGAGUGACACCCUUGCAGCGCAUGGCGUGGAAUGAUAUGCUCGUAGGUUGCCGACUGCUUCUCUUAGCCGGCGCUUCACCGUUGAACCGAGGAAAGAUCGGCUUCACCCCAGAACAAAUGGCCACUCGCGCGGGCGCGGGCUCUGCGAAGGCGAUAUUAACAGAUGCACUGAAUAGCCCAGGGUGGAUGCAACUCGCUCGCACCGAUAUCGAGAGAGUUCAAGUUAUUUACGGUGGCCACACGGAGGUGCAGGGCAACUACUGGCCGAGGCCUGCCUCGCAGGUUCCCAUCGCGUUCAACGUCUUUUGUCGAUUGGAGGGCUGGCAUGCGGAGACCAUGUGGAAGAAGUGGAAUCGCAGCACGUGGUACAAGAACGAAGACAAUGAUUCCUACAUCUACCGGAAUGCCGCGGACGGCCAUUGGUGGAUUGACUCCUUGCACGGCGUAGGCCUCUACUCUGUGGCAGGUCCGGCACACGCACCACCGGCGCAUGGCUGGACAACACUACAGGAAAGCAAGACCGUGGUCCGAGCGCCAAUGGUGAGAACCUACCGCAAGAAAAAGAUAAAGGAAAUCGAAAUCCAGCGACCGCCACACCGACCGGCUAUCAAGGACCUCUAAGACGCAGGUGGGGAUGUUGAACGAGAUUUUUAGUGUACUUAUUAUCAUGCGAAAAAUGUCGUCAGCCUCGGCGGUUCAACGAGAUGAAGGAAAACAGGCGCAUCGUGAAGGUGCAAAAAUUCAACACCAAACUAAAUCUGAAACCCCAUGCAUACUAGAACUAUUUUUUUACUCACAAACAUACAUGGGAACUACCAUCAUACCAUCAUACUAGGCAUGCUAUCGCUAUGUUCUUGCGUGCUCAUUGUUACUUAUGAUCAUAAUAGUGAUUCAUGAUGAUCAUGUGACUCACAACUACUACGACACCAUAGGAUAUGACAGCAGGACAACAGACGUUCUUUGUAUGUUCGUGAAAAGUAUUCACUUUUUCUCAUAUUGAAAAACACUUUCAUAAUUUAUGAAAAGCUGAACUUAAUUUGGAAUUAGAAAGAACUUCUCGUUUUCAGUUUCGCAAGUGCUGUUGAUGAUGAUGAUGAUGAGAAGGCGUGCCAAAGAUGCUUGCCAGUCUUGUAGU